GCGGGCGGCAUCGCGGCCGGCAUCCUCGUGCCCGCGUUUGUGAUCCUGUUGGCGGGCAUCGCCUGGGGCAACCGCGAGGCGGUGUACGAGCACUUCCCGCAGGCGCGCGCCGCGGCGGAGACUGCGGAGCGCGCGCUGUCGCGCGCGGCGCCGCGGCUGUUUGGAUACCUCAAGCCCGGCGGCGGCGGCGGGUCGGCGUACGGGCACCUGUCGCUCGACCCCGAGGAGCUGGACGUGUCGCCAGACUUUUUGCUGCCGUCGCCGCUGCGGCCGCCGGGCGCGCCCGGUGCAUACACACCGCUGCCAGACCGGAGCGCGCAGCCUUGA